AUGUCUUCCAACGCCUCCACUUACUCCAUGCCGGUCCCUCGGGCUCCGGCUCCGGGCAUCCUUGGGCCCCGCCCGGCGGGUCACCAGGCCCUCUUCGCCGCGCCGAACGCCGCUACCUACAGCGGCUAUGGUACCGCGCCCGCGCCGGCGCCCGCCUACGGGUCCGCGCCGGCCUAUGGCGCCGCCGCCGCGCCGGCCUAUGGGACCGCGCCCUCCUACGGCGCCGCUGCUGCUCCGGCCUUCGGGGCUGCCCCCGCGCCGGCCUACGGAGGGUUCUACCCUCCUCAGGCGCCGCCGCCAUGGGAUCCGGCCUCGCUCGCCGCACUGCACUCUGCCCCGUCACCGAGCUCCUAUGGUGGCGGUGGUGACUGGUACAUGGACUCGGGCGCCACUGCUCAUAUGACUGCUCAUCCCGUCACUAAUCUUGUUUCCGUUCGUCGCCUUACUCGUGAGAAUCCUAUAACUGUUGAAUUUGACGAUAUCGGUUUUUCUGUGAAGGAUGCCCGUACACGGAUGGUGCUCCACCGAUGUGAUAGCCCGGACGAGCUUUAUCCAGUGCAUCCCUCCGGCGCCACCACCACCCGUCGCCCCGCCGCCUUUGCCGCCAGUUUGUUGCAUAGUGAUGUUUGGACGUCCCCGGUUGCUAGCAACACGGGCUAUUUAUACUAUCUGGUGAUAUUGGAUGAUUUUACUCAUUAUGUGUGGACCUUCCCUCUCCGUCGCAAGUCCGACGCUCUUGCCACACUCACCGCUUUUUAUUCAUAUGUCACCACACAGUUCGGUCGUCCUAUUCUCACCUUGCAAACUGACAACGGCAAGGAGUUUGACAAUGUCGCCGUCCGCAAUUUACCUGCGUCCCACGGCACCAUCUUUCGCCUCACCUGCCCCUACACGUCUCAGCAGAAUGGUCGCGCCGAGCGCGUCCUUCGCACGCUUAACGACUGUGUCCGCACGUUGCUCUUCCACUCCUACGUGCCUACUCGAUUAUGGCCGGACGCGCUCGCGACCGCCAACCUCCUCAAUAACAUUCGCCCUUGUCGUUCCCGCUGGAACUACACCCCUCACCAGCUCCUCUUCG